UCGGCGUCUUUCUUCUUUCUCACGGGGCUCUGGGCGUCGGGCACCGGGCGGGCAGGUCGCCUCUCCGCGAGUUGGAGCUCGCCCACGCUGGGGCGGGAGGCCGGGGCCCCCAGGCAGCCGCGACCGCGGGGGAGGCGCGGAGCUAAGGGCCCGGGCUCUGCGUUUCUGCGCCCAGGACUCUGGCUCGAGGGGCGCCUGUCUGUAGUGCCCCGUCUGUGACUAACUGGGACCAGCCGUGAGUCCCGUGCACCCGAGCGAUGUGCGGUAUUGCCUGUUGUGCACGCAGGCCGGGCAGCCAGCUUGGGAAGGCACCCCAGCGCGGCUGUCCCGUAUCCCCGCCAAUGCCUAGUGUGGGAAACCCCUGAGGGGAGCCUCGGGGACACACGAGUCCGGGGUGCGGCCUGCAGAAUUUUGGUUUCUGGAGGAACUUAUCACGACCAGGUCUCCCAGUGGACUUUCUACAGCGAUGAAACCUAUGUUGUGGGGCACCACGAUGCUUCUGUCGGCCGUAUGAUGAGGAGGGAAAGUUGGCUUUGGAGCGCUGGGAGCCUGAGAAGCUGCUGAGAACCCAGCGCACCCUGCCUGACCACUGGCCAGCCCACAACACAAUGAACAAACUGACCUUCCAUAACAACAAAGUCAUGCAGGACCGCCGCAGAGUGUGUAUUUUCCUCCCCAAUGACAAGUCUGUGAGCAUCAUCAUAAAUGUUAAAAUUCUGUGUCACCAGUUGCUGGUCCAGGUGUGUGACCUGCUCAGGUUGAAGGAUAGUCACCUCUUUGGUCUCAGUGUUAUACAAAAUAAUGAACACGUAUAUAUGGAAUUGUCACAAAAGCUCUAUAAGUAUUGUCCAAAAGAAUGGAAAAAGGAGGCCAGCAAGGUACGACAAUACGAAGUCACUUGGGGCAUCGACCAGUUUGGGCCUCCCAUGAUCAUCCAUUUCCGGGUGCAGUACUAUGUGGAGAACGGGAAGCUGAUCAGUGACCGGAUUGCGAGAUACUAUUAUUACUGGCACCUAAGGAAACAGGUGCUGCACUCUCAGUGUGUGCUCAGAGAGGAGGCCUACUUCCUGCUGGCAGCCUUUGCACUGCAGGCUGACCUCGGGAACUUCAAAAGGAAAGUGCACCAUGGAGACUACUUUGAGCCAGAGGCUUACUUCCCAGCAUGGGUGGUUUCCAAGCGGGGGAAGGACUACAUCCUGAAACACAUUCCAAACAUGCACAGAGACCAGUUUGCACUGACAGCCUCCGAGGCAUAUCUAAAGUACAUCAAAGAGGCCGUCCGACUGGAUGACGUCGCCAUCCAUUACUACAGACUGUACAAGGAUAAAAGAGAGGUUGAAGGUUCACUGACCCUGGGACUGACCAUGCGAGGGAUACAGAUCUUUCAGAAUCUAGAAGAAGAGAAACAGUUGCUGUAUGAUUUCCCCUGGACAAAUGUUGGGAAGUUGGUGUUUGUGGGCAAGAAGUUUGAGAUUUUGCCCGAUGGCCUCCCCUCCGCCAGGAAGCUGGUCUACUACACCGGGUGUCCCACACGCUCCCGGCAUCUCCUGCAGCUGCUGAGCAACAGCCACCGGCUCUACAUGAACCUGCAGCCCGUCCUGCGCCACCUCCGCAAGCAGGAGGAGAAUGAAGAGAAAAAGCAGUACCGGGAAUCCUACAUCAGUGACAACCUGGACCUUGACAUGGACCCGCUGGAAAAGCGAUCCCGUGCCAGCGGGAGCAGCGCUGGCAGCAUGAAGCACAAGCGUUUGUCCCGCCACUCCACGGCCAGCCACAGCAGCUCCCACACGUCAGGCAUCGAGACAGACACUAAGCCCCGGGACCCAGGGCCAGAAGAUGGCUAUUCAGGCAGCGUCAUGCAUCGAAAGCUGAAGACCUGUAGCUCCAUGACCAGCCACGGCAGCUCCCACACCUCAGGCGUUGAAAGUGGAGGCAAAGACCGCCUGGAGGAGGACUCGCAAGAUGAUGAAAUAGAGAUGCUGGUUGAUGACCCCCGGGACCUGGAGCCCAUGACCGAAGAGUCCCUGGAAGUGAGCCCAGAGAUGUGUAUCUACAUCACACAAGACAUGCUGCUGUCCAGGAAGCUGAACGGGCACUCAGGGUUAAUUGUGAAAGAAAUCAGUUCUUCCACCUCCAGCUCCUCGGAGACGGUUGUCAAGCUGCGUGGACAGAGCACUGACUCUCUUCCACAGACGAUAUGUCGAAAACCAAAGACUUCCACUGAUCGGCAUAGCCUGAGCCUUGACGACAUCAGACUGUACCAGAAAGACUUCCUGCGCAUCGCAGGCCUGUGUCAGGACACUGCUCAGAGCUACACGUUCGGGUGUGGCCAUGAACUGGAUGAGAGCGGUCUCUACUGCGACAGCUGCUUGGCUCAGCAGUGUGUCAACAUGCAUGACGCUUUCCCCGUGAAGAGAACCAGCAAGUACUUUUCUCUGGACCUCACUCACGACGAGGUCCCAGAGUUCCUUGUCUAAGCCCCAGUGGCAGCGGGCAGCCCUGCGGGCAGCUGCUGUCUGCUGGAGGCUGUGGAGUCCGAGCGUCUUCACACGUUGUUUGUGCCAUAAUUUUUUCACCCCAAACUUAGCUCUCUCUUUAUAAUAUUCGAGAUGGAAACUAAAGCCUUGGAACAAUUGCACUUUAAGUAUUAUGCAGAGGUAAAAGAAAGCCAGAAUGUAAGAGGAAGACAAGUGCCCAGAUGUCUAUGGCCCUUUGGAAGAAGUGUGCUUGCUUUCCCGCCUUACCAGACUUCCCACGGUUAGACUGCAGUGUUUGUUCAUCUCCUGUUUAUCACGUGACAGACAUUGGGUUUAUCUGUUUGCUUAUGAGUUUUUUUUAGCCACUCCCUCAUGAAGCGCUUACGGUUUGAGGGGGAGGGCAGAGGGAAGUUCUCUCUUCUUUUAUGGAGAGCCAUUCUUAGUACAUAGCCAUUGCUGCCUCACGGAGGUUGACCCAAAAUGAACCCUGAAGUUGGUGGGAGUCAGACGGUUGUAGCCAAAGAUGCCUAUGUGACGGAAGCACCACGCAGUCCUGAAGACGUGUGCCGGGACACCCGGGGCUCCUUCACGCGUGGACAGGGCACGCUGCUGUUUUGUUCUUCCAGGAGCUUCCCAGGGAGCUCUGGGAUUCACUUGCGCCCGUGGUUCAUUUGCAGUUUACAAAGCUGGUAUAUGUUAAGAACCAGUGGAAAUGUCUCAGAAGACGUUUGUUUGGUUGUGUUUUCUUUGUUGGUUUUUAACGGUGGUGAACAGAUGGCAAUGCCCGUUUCUGCUUUAACAAGAUACCCUAACUGUACGUAUAUGUUGUACAUAUCUAGAUACAUGGGACUGUGUGUGUCUGUAUGUGUUUGAAGCUUCGUGACUCUUCAUUUGGACUUCCAUGUAUGUCUUGCACACAUAGAAUUCCUUGUUUAAUGUCGAGGAUACUUAGCCACAGACAAUCAGUUGAUAAAUGUAGAGGUAAGAGUGACUUUUUCCUUGUGUGCCUUUGGCCAAGAUUCUCAACCCUGAUUGCAUAACAGACUUAUCAGGGGAGCUUUUAAAACAUGCCUGGGUCCCACCCCGGGCCGGUUUAAACCAGUCUCCUCUGGGUGGGAGAUUGAUUUACGUUUUCCCAGGUAGAGACAGUAAUGCACAAGUAGGACUGGGGACCACUAAUCCGAGUGUGUCUUUCUAUUCAUUUGGAAGUAAAAGUGUACAGAGGACAUUGGUGAUGGAGAACGGGCCAUUUUUAAGACAGUUACUGGCCUGCUGCUGUUAUAGCGUAUAAUGAAACCAAGCCAGGAGAACGAGUUUAUCAACGUUGAAGGGUCGCUCGCCCUUCAGGAGAGAACUUCAUAGCACAAUGUCUUUCUAGGAGAUGUUUUUAAUGAUUUAGUAUUUUACAACAUUUGUUUACCAUAUUUUGAUACUCCAUUUUUGCUAUCUGCCAGGUUUUAUUAAAAAGAGGACUAUGUAUUAUUUUCUAAAGAAACUCAUAUUUUUGUACAAAAUUAUGUUUCCAAGUAAGGAAGAAGUAGAUUUAGGGUAAGGCAGAACAUAAGCAGUGUUUGCCCGUGGAUGGGUCAGUGUUCCAAAGCCCGUGGUGGCCACAGGCGUGCCCCACCAUACUGCCCUCCUGUGCUGGCACGGCCUCAGCAGCAUCUCACCCAGUAACUCUCACCUGACACUUUAAAGAAGGAAAAAGAAGUUCUGUGGUCAUGACUUUAUUUUGCUUUUGUCGAACGCUUUUAGAAGAACCAAAGUUUCAAACGCCAGAAUGUCUAAGUGUCUUGGUGUCCUCACGGAAGGUGGAAGGGCGAAGGGGUCAGUCACCUGACGGCUUCCUUUGCUUCCGAGUCAUUACACAAUCGCAUCAUAACCCAGACGCUUAGGGCCCAGACCCUGUUAAGGGGCGUGCCCUCCCAAGCUCUGAUUGUGGAGCUGUGCGCCCCGCAGCCCUCAGCGUCUCUUGCAGAUGCAAAGUGGUGAAGUUGCUUAAUCGAAUAGGUUGUACCUUUUCCUCUCUGCUCCAGAACCCAGGCUUCAGGGCUCUGCCCAGGCUGCCACUCCUCAGCUGCCCUCCUCCAGGCCGGCAGGAACAGUCUUACAGAUUUUCAAAGACAAAGACAGCCAGGGAACAGUUUCUAGUUUCUGACCCACGGUAGAGUCACACAGACAUAGGUGGAGAUCCACUCUGAAGACCUGACAUUUUUUGUAUUGGGGAAUCGUCAUCAAAAACAAAAAGAGGGAAGUAGAAAGCUGUCGCUCACGCUCGCUCGCUAGCACGCCCGUUGCUGGGGGAUGUGCCUCCCUGCCUCUUCUGCAUCUGCAUUUGAGCUUUGUAUCUCAGUAAGCUGCAAACAGUCCUUUCUGUGAAAGGAUCGUCAUGUCGGGAUGAUAACUGAAAGUAUGUUAAAAAAAAGAAAAGAAAAGCGGUGUUAUUUUGUAAUUAUUUCUUAUAGGUGUUUCAUGGUAAGAUCAACAGUCAAUAAAGUUAACUUUUUUGCCUUUAA